CGCUAAUGCCAUUUGGCCGCCUACAGUCUGGCUUGAAGAAACGGCAAGAAAAUAAUUAUUAAUUCCGUAAUCGACUAGGUUAAAUUGAUAAAUACGGUUUAAAAGUGUCGAAAAAUAAACAGUAACAACAACAACACUUCGGCCAAGGACUGAAGCGCAAAAAAUAUAUUUUAUAAGAAUUACUUCUGCAUAUAUUUUCAAAAUAAAUUCAUUGUUUCAAAAUAAUUAAUUAUUAAUGCCAUUUUUACGCUGAAAGUUUAAAGAGUGUACAUAUUAACUACAGAGAAUUAUUUGACUAAAAAAGAUAAUAAACAGAGGCGAAUAACAAAACAAAAAGUACAAUACGAGACAUUAAAACGUUUGUCAAGCCCUAAAUAGAUAUAAUAAAAUCAUACUAAGGCUAAAUAUAGCGUAAUAUUAAUAAUAAAAAUAAAAUUGAGAGUAAUCAAGUGAGUUGUCACAGUGUACCUGAUUGCAGCAUGGAGAAAACGUAUUUGCAAUUGAUAACGGUUUUAUGCAUCUUCGCACUAGGAUUAUGUGUGCCAACCCCCCCAGCAGCAGAGCUGAAAGGUCGCAAAUUCCCACACGAUUUCAUUUGGGGUGUUGGCACAUCUGCAUAUCAAAUUGAAGGCGGCUGGAAUGCAUCCGGAAAAGGUGAAUCGAUAUGGGACCAUCUAACACACACAUAUCCCGAAAAAAUUGUUGACCAGACAAAUGGUGAUAUUUCAUCUGACAGCUAUCAUCAGUGGCAACGCGAUGUACAAAUGGUGCGUGACCUCAACGUCCAUGUUUACCGAUUUUCCAUCUCGUGGACACGCAUCAUGCCCGGUGGUUAUAUGAACAAGGUGAAUAACGAAGGCAUUCGUUACUAUAGCGAUUUGAUUAAUGAGUUACUGCACUACAAUAUUACACCGAUGGUCACCAUCUAUCACUGGGAUUUGCCGCAACGCUUGCAAGAGUUGGGCGGUUGGACCAAUCCGGAAAUCAUACCCGUCUUCAAAGACUAUGCUCGUCUACUUUUCGAGAUGUACGGUGAUCGUGUUAAGAUUUGGACGACAAUCAAUGAACCUUGGCAUAUUUGUGAAUUCGGUUAUGGUGUUGAUUAUAUGGCGCCUUCAUACAACUAUCCCGGCAUACCCAACUAUUUGUGCGCACACAACUUACUGAAGACGCACGCCGAGGUGGUGCAUAUGUAUCGUGAUAAAUAUCAACAAUUGCAAAAGGGCAAAAUCGGCAUUACCAUGGAUACAUCGUGGAUGGAGCCGAAAACAGAUUCCGAUGAUGAUCGUGAGGCAUCGGAGCGUGCUUUGCAAUUCUAUUUGGGAUGGUUUGCACAUCCGAUUUUCUCAAAACGUGGCAACUACCCACAAAUCAUGUUUGAUCGCAUACAUAAUUUGAGUAAGGAGCAAGGUUUCACACGUUCACGUUUACCAGAAUUCACCGCGGAUGAAAUACGUCGUAUACGGGGCACAGCUGAUUUCUUUGGCCUUAAUUCAUACACGACCAAGCGGGUGACGAAAAAUGAUCACAAUAACAGCAAAAACUUCCCCGUGCCUUCAUUCAGCCAUGACAUGGGUGUUGUUGAGGAUCAAGAUCCCAACUGGACUGGUUCCGGUUCAUCGUGGUUGAAGGUCGUUCCAAAAGGCAUGUACAAUUUGAUUAUGUGGAUCGUGCGAGAAUAUAAUAAUCCACCAAUAAUUGUGACAGAAAAUGGUGUAAGUGAUAACGGUGGACUUGCUGAUUACGGACGCGUGGAUUACCUUAAUUCAUAUUUAUCUGCAAUACUAGACGCUAUUGAAGAUGGUGCUAAUGUACAAGGCUACACGUAUUGGAGUUUAAUGGACAGCUACGAAUGGAAAGUGGGCUAUACCGAAAAAUUCGGUCUCUACCACGUGGACUUCAAUCAUCCAAAUCGUACACGUACACCGAAAGUCGCUGCCAAAGUUUACGCGCAAAUCUGUAAAACCAACACAAUCGAUUGGACUUAUCGACCAACUCUCGAUGAAUUUCAGAUUAAUGCCAUGGCUCAAUUACCUGAAAUUGAAAUGGAUGCGAAAUCGGGUGCAAAUACUAUAUUCGCCGCUUUAACUAGUCGCAGUUGGCAUAGCAUGACAUUACUUUUAUUAAUUGUAAAUUAUUUGUUACGAAUUUAAGUUAACAUUGUAGUUGUUCGUUUGCCUUAAGAUGUGCUUUUGUAAAUAUGUAUGUAUGUAGUAUUUAAUUAACUCGUUUUAGUAUAUGACUAAAGUAUUAUAUAUUAUUUAUAUGGAAUUAAAUAUAAAAAUAAAUUAAACCUAUUUGUAAAUAUAUUAAUGAGCAUUAAGAUA